CCAUGGCCGAUUUCCCGCCUAUAUAUAUUUCUCUCUGCCCUAAUUCUCAAUUUCAUCACCAAUCAAUUAUCUUCUCUCUGUCACAACCAUGGCCGCCUCCAGAUUCUUCAUUCUUCUUGCAUUCUUGCUGCCGGCAUUCAAUUUCGCCGUCGCCAGAGUACUGACGCCGGCGCCGGAAAGCCCAACGGUCUUCAAAUUCAAAUACCACAACGGUAAACUUCUUACGGGUAGAGUCGCCGUCAAUCUCAUCUGGUACGGACGAUUCAAGCCAUCCCAAAAAGCUGUCGUCGCAGACUUCAUCGCCGCCGUGCAAUCCCCGCCGUCCGAUCAGGCUCAGCCAUCCGCCGCCACGUGGUGGAGGACUGCCCAAAGUUACUACUACAACGGCCGCGGCGGCGCUUCCGUGUCCUUCUAUUUGGGAAAACAGGUUUCCGACGAGAAUUGUUCGCUGGGGAAGUCUCUCACCGCCCGGCAGCUGCGCCGCCUGGCGGUGACCCACGCCGGCGAUCGACCUAACUCCAUUAACGUCGUCCUCACCUCCUCCGACGUCGCCGUCGAGGGAUUCUGCUCCAGCCGGUGCGGGACGCACGGCGCAGUCUCCGGCGGCCGGAAAAAUAAGAAUCUUCAGAUUCCGUACAUCUGGGUCGGCAAUUCGGAGACUCAGUGCCCCGGCCAAUGCGCCUGGCCGUUCCACCGGCCGAUCUACGGCCCGCAGACUCCGCCGCUGGUGGCGCCAAACAACGACGUCGGCGUCGACGGCAUGGUCGUCACCUUGGCCGGACUUCUGGCCGGAACGGCGACGAACCCUUUCGGCGACGGGUAUUACCAGGGCCCACCGGAGGCGCCGUUGGAGGCUUCUUCGGCCUGCCCCGGGAUCUUCGGGAAGGGGGCCUACCCCGGCUACGCCGGAGAACUGCUGAAGGACCCCGCCACCGGCGGCAGCUACAAUGCGCACGGCGUUAAAGGGCGCCGGCAUUUGCUGCCGGCUCUGUACAACCCUACGACGAAGUCGUGUUUCACUUUGACGUAAAAUUUUUUGUUGUGUACUAUUGCCUGCAGAUGUAAAAUUUCCACAGAAAAUUGAUUAUUAUUAUUCUUUUCCAUUCAAUAGAAUUUGUUUUUUUAAUA